UUCGGAUUUUACCGCUUCUUUUAUCCUUCUGUCUCUUCUUUUCAACGACGGCCGGUAACCGGAGAGAGUAAUCACCUCCGUCCCGUUCGUAGUACUGAACCAGAAAACCAGACAAAAGAGAUUAUAAUCCGAAAUGCCGAGCAAGAAGAGGCGGAGGGCGGAGCGACCCGCCAUACACCCUCGAAACAAAUACUCCGACAACCCGCCCGACUUCGGUGCCUUGGCUUCUCUCUACCCAUCCUUCCAGCCCUAUGUCUUCUACUCUCGCGACGGUCGCCCUAGGAUCGACUGGACCGAUUUCAACGCCACCCGGGAACUCACGCGGGUCUUGCUCCUUCACGAUCACGGCCUCAAUUGGUGGAUUCCUGAUGGGCAGCUCUGCCCUACAGUGCCCAACAGGUCUAAUUAUAUUCACUGGAUUGAAGAUCUCCUUGCUUCUGACAUUAUUCCAAAGAAUAAUGUUACUGAGCAUAACGUUAGGGGUUUUGAUAUUGGAACUGGUGCAAACUGCAUUUACCCUCUUCUGGGGGCGUCUCUUUUGGGUUGGAGCUUUGUUGGGUCCGAUGUGACUGAUGUGGCAGUAGAAUGGGCAGAGAGAAAUGUUAAAAAUAAUGUACAGAUUUCACACUUGAUUGAAAUUAGGAAGGUUGACAGUGUUGAACAGACACCUUCUGACGGGGAGGAGCAUAAUGUUGAACUUGUUGACAGUGAGGGCAAAACAGAUUCAAGUGGAAUUAGAGCUGGGGAGGCUGAGACUGUGCCCCCGUCUUCUCCUGAUGCACAUUUGUGCGCAAAUAAGAUAUAUGAUGGAGCGCCCAUAAUUGUUGGGGUCAUCAAGGAUGAAGAGGAAUUUGACUUCUGUAUGUGCAAUCCUCCAUUUUUUGAGAGCAUAGAGGAAGCGGGACUAAAUCCAAAGACUUCUUGUGGUGGAACCCCUGCAGAGAUGGUUUGUCCUGGUGGAGAACAGGCUUUUAUAACAAGUAUGAUUGAAGAUAGUGUUGUAUUGAAGCAGUCUUUUCGGUGGUACACUUCAAUGGUUGGGAGGAAAGCAAACUUAAAGACCCUAGUGUCAAAACUUCGGGCUGUUGGAGUUACAAUAGUAAAGACAACUGAAUUUGUCCAAGGACAUACAUGCCGAUGGGGGCUUGCUUGGUCUUUUGUGCCACCUGCUAAGAAGAUUAUAUCACCUCGUGUUGUUGAGAAGAAUUUCCUGUCUUUCAUGAUGGAGGGUCUUCAACGCCAAUUCAGUGCUGCACACGUGUUGCAAUCAGUGGAGUCCUUUUUCCUUACAGCUGGUGCAUCCUGUAAAUCCAAUGCCAUCUCAUAUACCGUUGAUAUUGCUGCAUCAAAAGAUCACUGUAAUGCAAUCCUGAAGAAUGAGGUGCCCAGAUAUGAUGAGGCUGUUAGUUGUGACCUCAUGCAAGAGAUUCCCAAUGGCUCAAGCUGUUUGCACACUCCUUCAGAUGAAUUAUGUUUCCGAAUUUCGGUCUUUCAGCAAACACCGGGCACCCUUCUGGUGAAAGGAUCAUUGCAGCACAGAGAAAGCCCAGUCCCAGGUUCUCCCUCAUCUCUUAACUCAACUCGUAGAACUUUGAAAUGGAUCUCUGAUGGCAAACUACAGUCCGUUGGAGAAGCCUUCCUUCUGAUUUGUUUUAUGCCUUUGCUUCAUUUGCAUAUAACAUUCAGGUUAUUUCAUUUUUAUCAUUUUUAUUUAGUUUUGGGCUACCAUAUUUGCAGGGGCAUUCUCAUUGAUAUUUCAACAGCUAGAGGAGUUUCUGAAAUCAAAAUUUUGUAGAGAAAAGGCAACAUAGACAAUCCAGCAAAUGUAAAAUAUGAAGAAACGUUUAAGAGUUGGCAUCAAUCAUACAUGUACUACCAAAUUAUGUACACUUAUAAAAGUGGCAACUUGGCAUUGCCUGUGUCAUCACUUUAUAAUUAAUUUGUGUACAUGAUCUUGUUUAUGUAAUGAAAGUCUUGUGUAAAAAGCUUUCAUUAUUGUCA